AACCGCUCACCACAGCAUCAAAUUCCCAAUCCUGUGUUUUUGAUGGCUCCAAGCUGCUGGUUCUUCUGGGCCUGGUGGCUACCGCUUAUGGUCGCUGGUGCAGUGGCUGAUCAACAAGCACAAGGCUGCUCGGGCUCGGCCAAGAGAUGCGGCAACCUCACCAUCUCCGACCCGUUCUGGCUCGUCGACUUGGAGAAGGGAAAAUCAUGUGGUGCCCCUGGCUUCGAAGUCUUUUGCGAGAAGAACACCCCAUCCCUACAGAGUCCUGGACGAUUCGGCUUUACGAUCAUCAACAUCACCUACGAGAAACACAAUCUGCGUGCGAUUGAUAAGGGUAAGCUGGAGUUAAUGCAGGCCUCCAACACCUGCCACAUCCCCCAUAGCAGGAACACCUCUGUCAAACUGAGACCCCCGUUUCGGAUCAGCCCCGCAAACCUGGACCUCGUCAUGUACAACUGCAAGGAGGAGGUAGCAGGGGCACGUCAGGACGGAGCGUUGGUCCAUACAAGAAUGAGAUGCAGGAACGAGAGCGAGGUGUUUUCCGCAUGGCAGGGAGUUACGAUGAGAUGAGCGACUACGCCAGCUACGCGGUCGAGGGCUGCGACGCUCUAGUUAUCCCAGUGCUCGGCUCGUCGGGCAAUGGGAACGCCAGC